AUGAUUUUGCCUGCACACAACUUUGAUUUCAGCGAUCCACCGACCCAGCGAUUAAAAGACCUGCAAGGUCCAAAUGAAAACUCCACCGUGGAGACUCGAUGGUGUGAACUGCUGGACGAUAUGCGCCCCACUACCCUGGACGUCCUUGGGCGCGCCCGUCGUCAAUACCAGGACUGGUUUGAUGACGACGAUGCAGACAACAACGAACUGCUCACUGAAAAGAACGGACUGCAUAAAGUCUACAUUGACCGUCAGACCGACGCAAACAAAGCGCCUUUCUUUAGAUUUUGCCGUUUUGUACAGCAACGACUGCAGGAGAUGCAGGACGCCUAG